AUGACACAAUUAACCAUCUCGGCGGCGACGAUGGAAGCAAUAGCCGCAGCAGCGGCACUGCUGAUGCUGUUGUCCACUGGGCCAUCAGUAGCAGCCGGUGAUCCAAGUCCGCUGACGAUCGGGAUGCCCAACUGCGUCACGUCGUGCGGCUACGUGAACGUGCCAUACCCGUUCGGCCUCGGCACGGACCCCAGCUGCUACCUGCCGGGCUACAACCUCACCUGCGACACUACCCCCGGCGACGAGCGGCUGCUUCUCGACGUCGACGGCACUUUCCAGGUCCUGUAUAUCGGCAACAGCUUUUUAUCGGUUUUACGCCAAGGUGACAUAAAAAUUCAUUUGGACGCCGAUGGCAAUGGCAAGGGCAUGCUCAGCUUCGGCCUUAGGCACGAUGUGCCCUACACUCUCGCAAGGUUUGGGGAGAGCGAGCUCAUCCUGACAGGAUGCAACGUGCAGGCGACGGUGAAGAGCGGCAACAUCACCGUUGCGAGCUGUACCUCGCUCUGCGAUAGUUCUGGGUUUGGACCCAUAACAUAUGACGGCACCGUGAGAUGCUACGGCGGCACAGGCUGCUGCCACGGAGAAAUCGUCAUCAACGACCACGAGAAUGAAGCGAACAGCAACAUCACAUCCGGCUAUGACGUGCAGCUGACAUGGUUGGGUCAUGGGAACCGUAGCGCGGACCUCGAGCUAUUCCCCAUGCGUGUUUUCAUCGCCGAUAUUCAGUGGUUCGCCGACAGCUUCAUCUCUGAAGAUCUGCUGCAGACAAGUGUACCACCGUCAGAGGAUACAAUGGCAGUUCCCCUGUUUCUGAACUGGGAGGUUGUUGCCGACCGCCGCCACUGCAAUAGCAACCACAGCGAACGCACGAAUACAACAAAAGGCUAUACAUGCAGCUGCGAACAGGGUUUCGAUGGCAAUCCCUACCUCAUCGACGGAUGCAAAGUUGUGAGUAAGUGCAAUGGGUUCUCUGAGUGCUACGGUGAAUGUAUAAAAAAAAGGAUGGAUCCAUGA